UCCGGGUUCAUUCCAACUGGAGGCACGACAAUCUCCGCUUCUUCCAAAGUGGGUGUUUUUGUAUGAUGGUCGCGGCUUUAACACCCUCGCCACACUGGAACCAGGUCGAGUGUUCCGACAGAGCAAUUCCGGGACAAAAUUUGCCACAUUUGGAGUUGUGUCGGAGGGGGACGGUCAAACCCUAACGUAUGGUAUUGUCACCAUAUUGCUUCGCCGUGGUGCUCAGUGAAGGGGAUAACGGGAGGGGGGUAGGUCACGCGCGGUCGUCGCGAUUGGGGAAGGAAGGGGAGGCCGGCAACGUAGAUGGUUGAGGAGGAAGGAACGGGAGGAGGUGUACUGGACGGGGAGCGGUCCGUUGAGGUCCAGGUUCAGGUUUGCGCGAGGAGGAAUUUGGAUACAUUUGGUUUUGAGGCAACAGGGGGAGCAGGACAGGGAGAUUGGAAGUAGGUAGCCAUGCCCUAUGUCCCUCCACAUCUGAGGGCGGGAGCCGCCUCAGCAGGAGCAGCACCGGCGAGCGGUGGCGCAGCACGCAGAGACGGAGGAGGUCGGGACUCGUAUGGCGGCAGCUUUGGAGCGAGCGCGGGUGCCAGGAGGUCAUCGUCGGAGGUUUCGUUCGGCAACGGGGGCAGCAGCUACGGAAACGGGUAUGGGCAGGGGAGUCGGGAGAGCAGCGGUGGGAGCAAGGAGGGGAGCGGAGGAGUGCGAGGAGCGGGGCAUCCCGAGGUGGUGUGGGCGACAUGGCAGCCUUCGGAGCGCGUGCAGAAGCUGCAGCCAGAGCAGAUUGCGGAGGUGAGGGCCAGGCUGAAUGUGGACGUGGAGAUUGCGACCGGCUCGGAGCCGGCGCCGGCUCCCAUCGAGUCGUUCGAGGACAUGUGCCUGCAUUUGAGCAUCAUGAAGGACGUGACGUUCCACAAUUAUACGACGCCGACGCCCAUCCAGGCGCAGGCUCUGCCGGUGGCAUUGUCGGGGAGGGACUUGCUGGGGUGCGCGGAGACGGGGUCGGGGAAGACGGCCGCGUUCUCGCUCCCCAUGAUCCAGCAUUGCCUGGCGCAGCCCCCGAUCCGCAGAGGGGACGGCCCGCUGGCGCUGGUGUUGGCGCCCACGAGGGAGCUGGCGCAGCAGAUUGAGAAGGAGGUGAAGGCGUUCUGCCGGUCGGCGGAGGGGUUCAGGACGGCGAUCGUGGUGGGAGGGACCAACAUUUACGAGCAGAGGUCGGAGCUGCGGGCCGGCGUGGAGAUAGUGGUGGCCACCCCCGGCAGAUUCAUCGACCACUUGCAGCAAGGGAACAGUUCGCUGUCGAGGGUGUCGUACGUCGUGCUGGACGAGGCGGACAGGAUGCUGGACAUGGGUUUCGAGCCUCAGAUCAGGGAGGUGAUGAGAAGCCUUCCGAAGAAGCACCAAACGCUACUGUUCAGUGCAACCAUGCCGGAGGAGAUCGAGGCCUUGGCUCAGGAGUACCUGGACAACCCGAUCCGGGUGAAGGUGGGUCGGGUGAGCAGCCCGACGGCGAACGUGACGCAGAACCUGGAGAAGAUCACGGAGAAGGAGAAGAUCGAAAGCUUGCUGGCUCUGCUGGUGGACGAGCACUCGCAGUCGCUGGACACCAAUCAACCACCGCCUUUGACGAUCGUAUUCGUGGAGCGGAAGGCACGCUGCGACGAGGUGACGGACGCUUUGGUGGAGCAAGGGCUGAAGGCGACGGCGCUGCAUGGGGGGAGGAGCCAGAGCGAGAGAGAGGCAGCACUGAGGGAUUUCAGGAAGGGCACCACGAACAUUCUGGUGGCGACGGAUGUUGCAUCGCGAGGGUUGGACGUGACAGGUGUGGCGCACGUGAUCAACUUGGACCUGCCGAAGACCAUGGAGGAUUACGUUCACCGGAUUGGGAGAACAGGUCGUGCAGGGGCUUCGGGACGAGCAACGUCGUUUUACACGGAGCGAGACAUGUUCCUGGUAGCCCAAAUCCGAAGGGCAAUCACGGAGGCGGAAUCCGGGAACGCCAUGGCGUUCGCGACGGGCAAAGCCGCGAGGAGGAAAGAGAGGGAGCAAGCAGCGGCGUUCAGGGAGGGGAGGGUGGCUCCUUUGGGAGUAGCCCAAAUCGGUGCAACGACGGUUCGUGUGGACGACAAGUACAAGCACAUGCUUUCUGCCGCGGCGGAUCCGAAGAAGGGCGAAGGUGCAGCAGACGACGCAUGGGAGGACUAGUGACAUGACUUGGCGAUGCAGGCGGUUGCUGUUGGCGCAGGCAUUGCCGGGGAUCAGGAAGGUCGUCGGGAGUUUCUUUUUAUUUUUAUUUUUAUUGUUUCAUUAUUUCUUUUCAAAGAGAAAUAGUUGUAAAUUUUGCGGGAUUUGAUAUUCAGCUUUCACAUCGAGAUCUGAAAGCAAGCGGGCGUCGUUCCCGCGAUCGUUUCAGCAGCCGAAGUGUGAGGGGACUUGAGCGGAAUGUGCUGUAGCUGACACGGGACUGAAAGUAAGCAAACUACAGCCCCGAGGGAGUGAGAAAUGAAUGAACAAGCGUCAUCGCACGCGAUCGACGAUGUGGUGCUCUUUUCUGUGAACCAAGGUUUUUGAGCAGCACGGACGUCGUUUCCUGGAAGGAUGUUGUGUGUUUUGUUUACAAUGCUUGGAGCUUUUCGGGGUGUUUAGUGGCGGGGUGAGUAGAAAGGGAGCGUCCGUCCGCAUAAUGGAGUGGGACGUUUCGCCGGAAGUCGAGCGUGUUGGUGGUGGUCUGGGUCAAGUGGUGAUGUGCGGUUUGGCUUGGGUUGUAUUCGGGAGGCUUCAAUGGAGGUGUAUGUGUGUUCAGAAGGUUCAUCGGUGUGGUUCAUUUCGGGGGGUUGGGACGUGAAUGGAAGCCUGGUUCUGGUGCAUUUGAGAUAGGUCAACGUGGACUGUGGAUGGGGCGGCGCUGGGAACGCGUGGUUGCGAAGCGCAGAGCGGGGAGGAAGUGGUGUUGUAUGGUGGCUGUGGUGUGGAGUCCAAGUUUUACAGGUGCUCCGUUGGAGUGUGGUCUGUACGGAUGGGCAUGGGAGCAGCGUGUUGCCAUACAUGGAGAUUGGGAGGAAUGUAUCAAUAGUCGGGAUCUCGGGUGAGGAGGUGGACUGGUGGAUGGGUGAUUGUCACGAGUGGACGGAUGGGAUCUGACAUUUAGGGGUUGGAAUACCUGAGUGUGGUAUCCUUGGACGAGUUCAUGUUGGAGGCGUUGGAAGUAGUGGUCACCAUUUCAGGUUGAUGGCGGCAGUUAGUUUUCUGAAAUGGUCUUAGGAUCAGUUAUUUGUGGGAUCCGGCUCAUGGUUCAUUGGUGACUACGCUCUUAAGUGGCAGUCGCAUUCAACUU